GCCCCGUCACCGUGACAACACAAUGAGGCGAGCAGGGGCAGGGCUCCGGCCGCAGCCUCCGCACCUGGGCGGGGAGUGGCGGAGGGAGGUGGGGGCCGGUGCAGCGCCGGGCGGGGCUGGAGGCCGGGGUGUGGCUGUGAGGAGACGCUGCGCCCCGCACUCCGUGAGAGCCCAGAGGCAUGGGGGAGCAGCCCGUGAUGGUACCAGCCCGGGAGCCCUGCCGCGCAGGUGCUGUUCUUUCUUUGGUUUGUCGUGACUCUUACGAAGCAUGGUGCCGGAUCAUCAAUGUGUCAGAAACACAGGCCCCUUUCUUUACCUAUCCAGACAAUCAUUCCAAUGAAACAAACCUGAGCGUUUCCACAUCUGCGGGAAGCAAAUAUAGGCUCUAUGUGGGUGUGGCCCUGGCCAUAGGUUCCAGUAUUUUUGUCGGCUCCAGUUUUAUACUGAAAAAGAAGGGCCUUCUGCAACUGGCUGACAAGGGAGUCACCAGAGCUGGACAGGGUGGAUAUUCUUACUUGAAGGAAUGGCUCUGGUGGGCAGGAUUACUUUCAAUGGGAGUAGGGGAGGCUGCCAACUUUGCUGCCUAUGCCUUUGCACCUGCAACCUUGGUUACCCCAUUGGGUGCACUGAGUGUUCUUAUAAGUGCAAUAUUGUCUUCCUAUUUUUUAAAUGAAAAGCUCAAUGUUCAUGGGAAAUUAGGCUGCAUAUUGAGCAUUUUGGGGUCAACGGUGAUGGUUAUUCAUGCCCCUGAAGAAGAGGAGGUCACUUCUUUAGAUGAAAUGGAAAUAAAACUGAAAGAUCCAGUGUUCAUUGCAUUUGCUGUGGUUAUAACUGUGGUCUCCCUGGUGCUGAUUUUUGUUGUGGCUCCAAGGAAAGGUCAGACGAAUAUACUGGUCUACAUAUCAAUUUGUUCAGUGAUUGGUGCCUUCUCUGUCUCAUCUGUCAAGGGCCUCGGCAUUGCCAUUAAAGAAAUACUGGAGCAGAAGCCAGUUUACCAACAUCCGCUGGUUUAUAUUUUGGUGGGGACUUUAGUGCUCUCGGUCAGCACUCAGAUCAACUAUCUUAACAAAGCAUUGGACAUGUUUAAUACGUCUCUAGUGACGCCUAUUUAUUAUGUGUGUUUCACUACUACAGUUGUGACAUGUUCCAUCAUCCUGUUUAAAGAAUGGAAUAGCAUGGACUUGGGUGAUAUCAUUGGCAGCCUCAGUGGAUUCUUCACCAUAAUCAUAGGCAUUUUCCUUUUGCAUGUUUUUAAAAAUACUAAUAUCACCCUGAAGCAAUUGACAUCUACAGCUAUAAAAGAACCCUCAUUGCCUCUGCAUGGAUAUGAUGCUCAUCAUACUUUAUUGGAGAACAUGGAGAGCCCCACACUGGCAUAUGAGGAGGACAAUCCUUUGUUCAGUCGAGGAAAUGCACAGGGAGCUGUUUGCCAUUAAAAUUUUGACAUGCAAACCAGAUCCACCUACAUCAAUCAGAACUGUCUCUGCUUUUUUCCUGGAAAAAAAAAACUUUUAUGAAGUGAGAUAAAUGUUGGCAACAACAGUGUGUGCUUGGAGAAAUAGAUAAGUCACUAUGAUGUUAGUUAUUGAUUACAUACAACAGUUUUCCAUUCAAUGACACAAAUAGAAACCUGCCAUUGAGACUUUUUCAUUGCACAUAUCUCUGACAGUAUAUGAUUUCCUCAGUCUCCUUAUUGUGGUUUUGUCAAUCGGAAGACUUUCUUUUUCAGCUGAAGAAUUGCAAUAUGUACAAUAUAUAUUGAUAAAGUGCAAUUUUUCUUCAUGAUAUGGGGUAGUAAACACUUUAUUAAGGUAACAGGCACUUUAUAGGUAUCUUAAUAAAGGCAUUACUAGAAGAAUAUGAUGACCAUUUCAAAGACUGAAAUGCUAAUAUAUUGUCACAGUUAAUGCAUAUAUAACAUUCAACUCUGAAGCCUGUCAAUUAGCAGAUGUCCUGAAGAAAACACAGCCUUCCCCCAUUAACAGUUCAAUACUAAAACUUAAUUUGUUUAAAUGAAAACUUCAUUUGUGAGCAUUGAGCCCAGUUCAGAUACUUUGAAACAUAAACAGCAUACUUUUGUAGCAGUUUUCUGGUAUCUAGUCUCUUCGAGCUUUUUCUUUUUUCCUUUGUUAGUUCCUGUUUCUUGAUGUUAAAGUCCAGUUCUUCUAACUGAGUCUGGAUUUUUUUCUAUAUAAAAGCUAUACAUGGAGCUUUUAACUAUUUCUAAUGCACUAUAGUGUUGACUGUAUAUUAAGCAAAGAGAAUACCAUAAUUUACCUUUACUGUACUGAGUGAUCAAGGAGCAUCAAAUAAUUGCAUUAAGUGAUUUGUCUAGCCCUUAUUUUCUACAACUACUUAGUAUUUGCCUCACAAAUGUGUCAACUUCUUUUAAAACUAUGUCUUGAUGGCCUAUCACCUGUGUUGCAAGAACCUCUAGGUCACAGUGUUGGCCAUGAAACCUAUAAAAGACAGCUGAUCUAUGCACAGAUGAUAUUUUAUUGCAUAAUUUCUAUUUAAUUUGACACCUCUUUCCCUGCCAUAUUGUGAGCCAGAAAGUGACUUCAGCUAUCAAAUGUGUAGGUCCAAUAGACUAGGAUGGUCAAGUUCUAUAGCGUCUCCUCAGCAGAGCAUCACCACACAGCGUGGCUCCCUUACUGAAUUCCAAGCCUCUUCAGCAAGAGGUGAUUUUAGGAUUUAAUCAAUUCACUUUCCUUGCUCAAAAGUGAUGUGUAAAACGUGAGAUGGGGGAUUUUCAGUGUGUAACAAAGAAACACAAACAAAUCUUUUGCAAUUUAGAGAAUGAAAUGUUGCUCAUUCUACUUUUAUAAAGUAAGCCUGUGCUGUGAAGUUCACUUUAGUUUAGAUGCAUAAGAAAGUUUCUUUAACUUUGAAGAGUUCCUGACAAGAGGAAAAUGGACUGCAGUGCUUCACAAGUAUUUGUAUAUCUGCAUAAGUUAUAAGGUUGUGUAUUUUAUUUAUUUUUGGGAGGUAUUCUUAAUGUGUCUUAUUUGCUAAUGAUGAUUGUUUCCCCUUAUUAUUUGGAAACCACCAAAAACCAGACUGAUAAUAGUGUUCAGAACACUAAUGUAAAACCAUUUUAAUCCCAAGUUUUAAACUAAAUAUACCUUUUUUUAGCUUGGUUAUGAGGGUAGUUGGAACACAUUGACACAGACCUAUCAGUUAUAGCAAUCAUUUGCAGAUUGCCUUUAAACCAUCCUCCUGUGAAAUACUAGUUUGACUGAAGUGGUUUGUCUACCUCAGUAAGGUAAAUACGGUAUUACAGGAAAUGUUGCUAUCAUCAGAUCCUUUCUUCACUCAGAGUUCAGGAGCGUAGCCUAUUACAACUUCUUUUGAGAAGCAUGUGGAAUAAGGCUGGAAUAGUUGCAGCACUGUUGCAUGCAACGGGAAGACACUUACAAAAAUUCUUCUCACUUUUUAAAUACGAGCGUUCAUAUAGCUUUAGAUGUUCUUCAGACGUUCCAAAUGAGCAAUACAGGGGAUGUACAGAGACUAUUUGGGGUUUUAUUAGUCAGGUGUGUAAGAUCAAACUGUUCAGCACAAAAAGUGGGUAAUACGUUACUGUAAAUUUACACCAUUAACUUUAGAGAGUUUGGCCUUUUAAUAAAAACUUGCAUUGCUUCUCAGUGGAAAUUAAUUAUGCUGGUUACAGUGUAACAUUUAGAACAAAGUUUGUAUUUUUUUUAAAAGGAAGUCUAUUGGCAUAUGGCUUGCCUAUGUUUUCAUGUAUAACUAUCAUAGUUGUAUGCACAAAUGGUUAUUUGCAUGAACAAAUGCCCAGUUAGACAUGUUUGUAUAUGUAUUACUAUUUUUAAAUGAACUCAUACUUGUACAUUUUUGCAUAUGCACAUGGGCUACCUAUUUUUAAACCUGGCUCUGACAAAAUCUGCUUGGUUGUAAUAAGUAUGAAGUAAGUCUUUCCUGAUGAACCUGGUUAGUUUGUAAUCAAAGUUAACUUCCAUAAAGAAAAAUGGAUGUAAAACUUGUUUUUCCUAAAGUAUCAAAACCCCAUAGUUAAUGCUUAUUUUCAUUAUGUCCAAGAACACUCUAGAAUGUCAAUAAAGGAAAUAAUUGUUUUUAUUAUGAGAUUUGAUUCUUAAAAUAUUUUUGAAUGAAUUACUUAACUAAAAGAGAUUUUAUAUUUUGUUGGAAAGGUUUAUAUUUAGUGAUUGCUUCCCUUGAAGCGUUUUAAAGUUUUAAUUUGAGUAUAAAGAUAUUCCACUGUUUUGUCUUGUAAUAAAAAGUAUAUAUUAAUUAUGUGCUAGAUCAUGUUUUCUUUAAGAGAAAAUGCAGUAAAUAUGUUAAAUGCUAUAGUAAAAUCACAAACAUAUCUGUUUAAUCUGAACAGAACUGUAUUAUCUCUGUGGUAUCCCAUCAUGUGUAUCAUUUAUAUACAUGCCCAUCUAAAUGAAGGAGAUUGUUAGGCUGAGUUCAGUGUAGAUAAUGGCCUGAUCAUGAACUCACCUGUAUCAAUUUUGCAGCAGUGUUAACUGCAUUGACUUGAGGGGAGUCAGUCUGCAUUUACACCAGUACAGCUGAAAUCAGAAUCUAGCCUAUAAGCUUUAAUCAGUACAAUUACCCUAUUAUAACUCAUUUAUUAUUAUAAUUCUAUUUUUGAAUACCCAAAGAUGUGCAAGGCACCUUCCAAGACAGAUUAAAUACAGGCCCCUCCAGACAAAAAUGGCACAAGGAGAGGAAAAAGAGUGUGACAGUAACAAGUUCAUAUAGUUUUGCAGCAAGGCACGUGUAUAGCUUAGUAGGUUUGUGUUUUUUUUUUUUUUAAAGGGAACUUUCUUUCUUCUUGUUUCUCAUAGACAAGAUGGCAAAAGUAAGAUUUUUGGGGGGUAACCAUUUGUAUGUGGUAAGGGAGGUUGGUAUAUAGGUGUAGGGAUGAGAACAGUUCCAAGUUUUAAGGGAGCAGCAUGGUAUAAGGGGUGGAGAGAAAACACCAAAGAAGGUAGUGAAGUUGCUUUCAGCACCAGAGCAGACUGAGAGAGUUAGAAAAUGAGACCAGGUCUGAGAAAUGCUGUGGAUAAGGUAGGGGUUUACUGUGGACUUUGCACAGCAGAAGACCAACAGUUGAAAGAGAUUGAAUGAUACAGAAGAUGGACCAAAACAGGAUAGAAACAGGGCCAGAUCACACCCCCAGACAUCCACACACAGAGGGUUACCUCCUCCUGUGUGUGGAGGUGGGGUCUCAGUUGCUUCCUUGGCACUGUAUUCAGUCUGUACGUACACGCCAUUCUGUGGAGUCCUCUCUUGGUCUGCAGUAAAAAUAAAAUGGAAAUUCAUGAGGUGGUAGCAAUUACCAUCCAUUCCCUAACUCUGCAACUUUCGUGCUGCAAUGGCAGCAAGAGAAUGGAAUCUCUGCUCUUGGUACUACAAGAUAGGCAAAUAA